UUACCUGUACAAAGCAGUGUGAGACUGUUCCACUUUAUAAAAUCUCCUCGGGAUGCAGAAAUGACGAUAUAUGGAGUAACCAAAGUUGGGAUGGCUGGAUUGCGGUGUUUUCUCUGUUUACUGGUAGUAUUGGCUUGUGUCAUUUCAGACAUUGAGUGCAUGACAGAGUUUAAAUCGUGUAAGGAGGUAGCUGCAUCUUUGGGAAGUAACGCUACGGAUGGGGACUACGUGUUGUAUUUAAAUAAGAAUCUAGGUGUCUCAUGUAUACUGUGCAGGUUUUGCAAAUGGUCACCCCAGAGAAUACCUAACAUUACAAGCUGGAAGAAUAAACAACUUCGCAUCCGUGUAUCCAAAUAUAGGGACACAGGAUUCAUCCAACUGUCGUGAUGCAGACCCAGUCCAUCCGUACCGUUUCGGAGGACGCACACAGUUUGACAAGAUAAGGCUAGAUCUAACUACUCUCCAUGUCCAAACCAAUGAUUUCAGCUACAGUGUGCAGACCGGUAGAAACUCUGUCAGAUAUGGAGAUGCAAGCGACAAGUUCACCGCCUUCUUAAGUUGUUCACCACGAGGCAUGUUUAAAAUCGAUUUGGUAGGAACGCCUUUUACAAUUGCCGACAAUAUCCAAUGGGUGUGGCAAGGAAACUUUGCAGGAGGAAGCACGGCGAAAGGCGUGGCGCAUGUUAGCAACAACAGUUACAUCGGCUGUUUCACUGACGCGGGCGAUAGACUGUUGGGAGGACACCAGGAGGAUAAUCCCCACAUGACCACAGAGCUUUGUAUACAGCACUGUAAGACACUGGGAUUCUGGUAUGCUGGUACACAAUAUCGGACACAGUGCUACUGUGGAGACAAUCACGACCGGCACUCAAUGGCUUCUGAGUCUGACUGUAACACUCCGUGUGCAGGAAACUCUAAAGAAAUAUGCGGCGGAACAUGGAGAAUAUCCGUGUAUGGCACAGGUGUGCGGCAGAUUUUCGAAGGUCGAUGUGGAGGAUACCCUGGAGGCUGUUACCCAGCUACUACCGCUGAUCCUGCAUUGCCAAUACUAGCAUUACAAGUAGUUCCUUCUCACCCCUGUCUACAGCCAAUCUCGCCUUGUAGAAAUGAAGGAAAGUGCAUUGCAUCAACAGCAUCAGAUUUCAAAUGUCUCUGUUACCCUGGUUAUACUGGAACAAUUUGCGACAUACCUAACCAGGUUGUUACAACAGAAUUGACCUGUCCAGAUGGUAUGGUCGCAGAGAAAUGUACAUGUGACCGCAGUUGUUACGGAGCAGAGUUCAAAGGUGACAAGUGUAAAGUAUACGGAUCUCGAGGGGUAGUAAAGGCAACGACCACAUGUCGACCUGGUAACGGCGAGCACAUCAUAAUGUUUAAUGUAGAGGGCAGUGGUAUGGUCAAAUGUCCUCCAGGCUCUAACCUCACAGGCUGUACCUAUAGAGACAGAGGGUACUAUCGACCACCAGCUACCAAAUUUAUGACGGAUAGUGGCGAAGCCACUCAGAUAAGAUACAACACCGGUACCUGUAGCUUACUGCAUAAUUGUCAGUCCUGUACCCUCCAGGCCAGGUGUAAAAAAUAUGAUUGUGGAUGCAAAAAUGGAGGCCAUUGUCACAUGAUUACAGGGGAGUGUGUCUGUAACAGCGGUUAUUAUGGCAACAAGUGUGAAAACUUUGAUUACUGUGGAUAUUACGAAACACACAACAAUAUAACUGCAUGUGGAGCAGGAGGAGUGUGCAGUGCUAUUCCCCAAGAUGAAAUCAAGGCGUACGGGGGUGACAAUGCUGGCGACACUUGCAUUUUCCCAUCUCAAUAUGGCAUAAAUUCUUAUGGAUCCUGUGUUCAAAAAAAUAAUGUCGGACCUCCUUUUGCAUGUGGGGCCAAGUUUGAUGGCCAGAGAGAUGGGUAUAUAGACUUGGGACUGUGGAGUCCUGGUACCCAGUACACCAUUGCUGCCUGGGUGAGACCAGACGUGGCUGACGUAACCAGACGUACUAUUGUUGGCGGGGUCGGAGAUUGUAAAGAUUUCGGCCUGUAUCAUUUUGAAAAUUUUUGGGCGUAUUAUCGUGGACAAGGAGCAGAUAGCCAUUGUACACGGGGACUGUCAGCUAUGGACCCUAUACAGACGGGCCAGUGGUAUCUUAUAGCCUCCAUCAAAAACGCUACUCACGUUACACUUUAUGUCAACGGAAAGCUGAAAUCUAUUCUGGCCAGUCCAAACGCCCUGCCUACUUCAGGUGGAUUGUGGAUAGGUGGUGAGGAGUGCUGUGAGCAGGGUAGAUUUAAAGGCAUGAUCAAGACGGUAAAGAUUUGGAAAAGAGCUUUAUCACCAUCUCACAUGAAACGAAGUAUGGGAACAUAUGGUACAGCAAACUCAACAAUUGAGGCCCUGACAGAUGGCCUGGUAGGACACUGGGAGCUAGGAGAGGUGAUUCCGCCACCUUGUGUUGGGGUAGAUCACGGCGGAGAGGACUGGACCCUUGACCGAUCCAGUACCAUGAUUAUCUCUGGAAGUCAUUGUAAUAUCAGUCAGUUCACUAUACCAGAAGGCAUAAUUGUCCUUGUCAGACCCUGGAAUGGUACAACAGGAGGAACACUUCAGAUCCAAGCCAAGAGCAUCUUAAUUGCUGGUACACUUAGUGCCCAUGCUGCUGGAUAUAGAGGCGGAGCAAGUCCAGCCGUUGGAGCUACUGGCCAACAAGGGGAAUCCUACCCAGGUUUGGGUAAGACAAGCACACAGGACAAUAGAGGAGGCGGAGGAGGUGGACGAGGAGGCUCGGGUUCAUCAGACCAUCGUGGAAGUGCUGGUGGUGGGGGAGGAUACGCCAAUGCAGCGACGUAUAGUAGGCGCAGUAAUAAGAAUGGCGUUGGCAGCCCAGGUCAGGUAUAUGGAGAUAGUUCACUCAGUGAUCUGUAUAUGGGUUCAGGAGGUGGUAGUGGAGGCAGUUCAACAAACCUCACCGUCAACCCCGCAGGUGGAAAGGGCGGCAAUGGUGGAGGAGCCAUCAGUCUGAGAGGGGAACUAGGUGUUAAAAUUACUGGGAAAGUCCUAGCAACAGGGGAACGUGGACAAGGUGAUCGUACAUACAGUUGGUGUCAGCCUCCGUGUACUUCAUCGAAACCACAAAUCUGCACGAGCCUCAAUGCAACAGCAUGCUGGGACGAAUCUGGGGCAGGAGGUGGCGGUAGCGGGGGCAGUAUAUUCAUAUCUGCCAAGUCUAUAUUUAUCAAUCAACAGGGACGGUGGAGACUGGAUGUGUCAGGCGGUACCGGCGGAUAUGCUCCUCUAUAUAACAACGCAGGGUCAGGAGGUAGUGGGCGUGUCCGGUUAGAGUAUAUCACAUACACGGGAAAUGACUUAUAUGUCAGAACUACAUCAACAAUCUACACGACUGCAACGCUUCAAAAUGAGUUCACGGAUCACAGUCUGGCUGGCCAGAAAUCUAUCAACAUGGCGUCCACACAGUACGGUAACGAGGUGUUCCGUGGAUGUUUUGUGGACAACACUACCUACAGGAUGUUAUCAGUACGAAUCAAUGUUACCCACCACGAUAGUCAAACUAUGGACCAGGCGAAGUGCUUGUCUUUAUGCAGACAGAAAGGCUAUAGAUACUCCGGUACCGAGUACUUCAAUGAAUGCUACUGUGACAACCACUUGAAAAUGCAGCUGAAGCGACCAGACAGCGAGUGUAACACCGCAUGUACUGGAGACGCCACACAGAUGUGUGGUGGUACCUACCGUAUCUUGGUGUUUGGGCCACCUCCUAGCAGUCCAGCUAUCGGUCAUUCUGGCGCGGUGUCCAAGUGUGAGCCGUGGUGUGUUACAGCCGAUCAGUAUUCAAACAAUCCUAAAUGGGGCCAAUGUUCCCUGACAACUGAAUUUGUCACCUCCUGGCAGAUACACUGUGACUGCCCUGCAGGAUUCUCUGGGGUCGGAUGUACGGAGACAUGCUCAGAGUGGACCUGGGGAAGCGCCUGCAGGAGAAAUUGUAGCUGUGAUCAGAACAAUACCAUCUCCUGUCUGUCUCAGACUGGUCAGUGUCAAUGUAUACCAGGAUUCUACGGCGACCAGUGUCAGUCUCCCUGUCCGGACGGACACUUCGGACCCAAAUGUUUGAAUCUAUGUAACUGCACAGGUGCAUCUGAUUGUGACAAAGCUACAGGGAAGUGUUUAUGCCAGCCCGGUUGGUAUGGUCACAGCUGUAAGUUUCCCUGUCCACAAGGAGUAUGGGGCCGGAACUGUUCCUCACAAUGCGAAUGCAAUCAUGGAUCGUGUGACCCCGUGGAUGGGACGUGUGAAUGCAAACCUGGAUACAAGCUACAAUUCUGCACAGAUAAAUGUGACCUCGGGGAAUACGGGCCCAACUGUAUGUUUGUUUGUGACUGUAACGGUCAAGCAUGCGAUCCUGUUUCUGGUGUGUGUGACUGUGACAGUGGCUUUACUGGUCACAAAUGUGAUACGCCCUGUCCUUACAACACAUAUGGUAAACACUGUGUGAAGAAAUGUAAUUGUUUAGCUGACUUUGAUUGUGACCACCAGACGGGGGCCUGUAUUUGUGGACCAGGCUAUCUGGGAUCCCACUGUGACCAGCCCUGUCCUCAGGGAACGUAUGGUGUGAACUGUCAAAAGCAAUGCCUCUGUCAAAUGAACCAGACUGAAAAAUGUGAAACUGAUACUGGUCUGUGUACGUGUAAACCUGGAUUCCUCGGAGACGACUGCAAACUCUCCUGUCCAAUCGGAUUCUUUGGUUCGGGCUGUACAUCCACUUGUAACUGCCACAACGAGGCUCACUGUGAUCGGGUCACUGGAGCUUGUACAUGUCCCCCUGGUUGGACAGGGACUGGAUGCGAGAACACCUGCCAGGACUCCUACUACGGCAACUGUUCCACCCUGUGUCAUAUUUGUCUGACGGGUUUCUGUGACAAAGGCACUGGUCAAUGUCGUACAUGUCCGGAACCCACUUGUCAAUGCUCUGAGGGUUUCCAUGGCGACAAAUGCCAAAGCGAAUGCGAUUGCUUUCAUGGCCACUGCUCUAGUAAUGGUCACUGUGUGUGUAGUCCCGGUUGGCAGGGGAGUCUCUGUGACCAGCAGUGUCCUACAGACCACUAUGGGGCAGGUUGUAACCAAACAUGCCACUGUGAUCACGGACAUUGUCACCAGGAGAUUGGUACCUGCGUCUGUGAUCCUGGUUACCAAGGUGAUCAUUGUGACCAACCUUGUUCUAACACAACCUACGGGUCGAAUUGUCGGCGUCAGUGUUUGGCCUGUGGGAGAUUCUCUACAGGCACGUGUGACUCAGCCACAGGGCAUUGUCAUUGUCUACCAGGAUACAGUGGACUUUUCUGUACUCAACCGUGUUCCACUGGCAAGUUUGGGGCGAACUGCUCUCAAACAUGUGCGUGUGAGAGAGGGACAUGCCGGCAGACUGAUGGAUUCUGUUAUUGUCCUGAUGGAUGGACUGGCGCAAAAUGUCACCUGCAGUGCCCCUCCGGUACCUGGGGAUAUAAUUGUUCUAAUAGUUGUGAUUGUGGCACCCACAGUAAUGGUUGUGAUCCUGUCUCUGGACAGUGCAAAUGCCUGCCUGGUUUCACUGGAGAUCACUGCAGGGAAAGCUGUGAGGACGGGAUGUAUGGGCAAGAUUGCUCCACUCCCUGUCGAUGCUCUUCCGUUGGCUAUAGUGUAUGCAGUCCUAUAGAUGGAUCGUGUCAGUGUCGUCCUGGGUACACAGAUGAUUUCUGUCAGAGUGUGUGCAACAAAGGAAAAUGGGGUCUUGGCUGCAAGUUGAAUUGCGAGUGUAGUAACCAUGGUAACUGUAAUCCAUUUACCGGAGAGUGUGACUGUCAGCCUGGGUUCAACGGCACUAACUGCCAGUUUUCCUGUCCGACCAGCACGUAUGGUAAGAACUGUGGACAGUCGUGUGAUUGCCAUGGAGGGACAUGUGACGCUAGAACUGGUCUCUGUUCUUGUCCUCCCGGAAGGAAGGGCCAUCACUGUGAGCUAGCUUGUGAAUCUACCCACUUUGGUUUUGACUGUGCCCAACCCUGUGUUUGUCAGAACGAAGGUGUGUGUAACCCUGUCAAUGGGGACUGUCACUGCCAACCCGGCUGGUCAGGGAUACAGUGCAAUAAACCGUGUCCAGAAGGUCAGUAUGGUGUGGACUGUGCCCAAACAUGCCCUCAAUGUCAGAACGACGGGUCAUGUGACAGCAUCACCGGGCAGUGCGUGUGUCCGUCUGGAUUUAUGGGUACACUGUGUAACGACACUUGUGUCCCAGGAACUUGGGGAAGCGGUUGUGCUAUAAAGUGUCCCGCUGUUUGUUCGUUGAGUUGUUUCACCACUACAGGCAUGUGUACCUGCCUUCCCGGAACAUGUCUAAACGGAGGUACCUGUAAUACAAAGGGUACGUGUUUGUGUGUUUAUGGUUUCUAUGGUAGCGAUUGCUCCCAGACGACAGACACGCACGUAUCUGGCUCUGUGUCCGCCCAUACCGCAACUCGAUCAUCAGAUGCUGCUAUAUACUUGAGUAAGGGUUCGAUGGCUGGUAUUGUUUUGGGUCUAAUCAUUAUGGCAUUAAUUGCUGUGACGGCUGUGUUUCUACUGAUGCGAAAAAGAUAUACUGGCCAAUUUAUAAAUAGACCUGGCAGUGCCGCAAAAACAAGCUUCUCUCCAGAAGUCAAAGAUGACACAACUGACGGUGCUGCAGGUUUCUCAAAUCCUCUUCACUUCACGGAGUUUUCUACGCCAAAGACAGAUCCCGAUCCAUCUCUGAAAGAUAGCGCAGCUUAAUGAAGCAACAUUAUCAUUCCGUGUUAAAUAUGUUCAUUAGUAGUGUUAUUUUUCAGUAUCAUGACUACAACCCAUUGUUUUCUCCACCUGCUGAUAUCCAUGACUAUAGUUGUUGUUUUGGGUUUUUUGUAAAUCGGGUCUCUUUCCUGUUAGAUGAUCCAGUGAUUACUGGGUACCUUCUUGUCAAUAUAUUAGCGUAUUUUUGUGAUCAAUAUUCGAACCCUUGUGUAAUGGUAAGUGUGUGUUUUGCAAUUGAAGUCUGAAGAAAAAUGUUCAGGC